AGGGGAAAAUUGAGAGAAGAGCCAGGAAAAUGAGGUUCCGGGCGAAAAGAUGCGUUCUUACUCUUACUUUAUGCGUUGCGAUAUUUUUCAUGCUCAGGACAUUGAUGUUUAUUCCAGAGAUGUCAGAGGAGGAAAAGAGAAUGAUUGAUGAGGAAAGGGGAAAACGCAGAAAGGACGGCCAUAUACAAGGAAAUUUUCAAAAUGAAGAAGACGAGGAUCAUGUUGUAUUAGACAGACCAAUGGACACACCUGCAGUCGUAGGGGCUGUGUACAAGCACAAUACUCUUGGUAACUAUGAGCCUAUAGCAUUACCAGUGAGGGAAGGUCCGGGUGAAGGAGGAGCGGCAGUCAGAACGCAACCGUCGGAGAAAGCAAUGGUAGAUAAACUGAUCCAGGAGUAUGGUUUUAAUCAGUAUGUCAGCGAUAAGAUAUCAUUGGACAGAAACAUUGCCGACCUCAGAAGUCAACAAUGCAAGCACUGGCAAUAUCCUGAGACGCUACCCACUACCAGCGUAAUAAUAGUAUUUCACAACGAAGGCUGGUCCACACUACUCCGUACAGUUCACAGCGUGUUCAAUCGUUCACCGCCACAGCUGUUACACGAGAUCAUUUUAGUGGAUGAUUUCAGCACAAAAGAACAUCUGAAAGAGCGUCUUGAAGACUACAUCCAGGAGAGCAGGUUUGGUGGUAAACUGAAGCUGGUGAGGAACUCGGCUCGAGAGGGCCUGAUCAGGACCAGGAUCAUAGGAGCCCGCCAUGCCACGGGAGAUGUGCUGCUGUGGUUGGAUGCGCAUUGUGAAGUGGGGAUCAACUGGCUACCUCCUCUCCUCACUCCCAUUGCCGUUAACAGGACAACGGCAGUGUGUCCGAUCAUUGAUGUGAUAGAUAACAUGGAUUAUAGGGUGUAUCCACAGGGUACAGGUGAUCAGGAUAGGGGUGGCUUUGACUGGAGUCUCUACUGGAAACAUCUUCCUGUACCAGAGUUUGAGCAACGCAGGAGACAGCAUGCUUCAGAACCUUACAGGUCACCAGCAAUGGCAGGAGGACUCUUUGCCAUGGAUAGAAAAUAUUUCUUUGAACUCGGUGCUUACGAUGAAGGACUUGAAAUCUGGGGUGGAGAAAACUUUGAACUAUCUUUUAAAAUUUGGAUGUGCGGAGGGUCGUUAUUAUGGGUACCUUGUUCCAGAGUUGGUCAUGUCUACAGGAUAUUAGGGAAAGUCCCCUAUUCAGCUCCAAAUGGAAGCAUGCUUAUACUGAGUGAAAGGAAUUUACGGCGUGUUGUAGAGGUGUGGUUUGACGACUACAAAGAGUAUUUCUACAGGAGCAAGCCAGAGUCCCUUCUUGUGUCCACAGGAAAUAUAGAGAAACAGCUUGCAUUCAGGGAAAAGUUUAAAUGCAAGUCUUUUGGUUGGUUUAUGAAAGAGAUUGCACCAGAUGUCAUAGAGAAAUACCCUCUGCCUCAUGCGAACAAAUUUUGGGGAGAGAUUCGAAAUAAAAAGGGGGCCCACUGCGUCGACUCGAUGGGGUCGAAGGACGGUGGGCGCGUGGGGAUUUCAUACUGCCAUGGGGCAGGAGGUAACCAGCUGUUCCGGGUGACAGAGAACGGUCAGCUGCGUAUCCAUGACCAGUGUGCCUAUGAUCAUUAUAAGGAGGUCAGGUUAAGAAGGUGCGGUGGCUCAGGGGGAGGAUGGUCCUUUGAUGAGUCAACGGGUCUUUUACAUCACGCAGGCACAAGUCAGUGUGUGGAGCACAAGCCUGGGGCUAAUGAGAUCAUACUUGCCAAAUGUCUAUCCUCAAAACCAAGUCAAUUAUGGGAAAUUAGCAGUAAACAUCUCAGGCAUCAUUAACACAUAGCAUCCCAUAAUCAGCAAACGAUAUUAAAGACGUCAAACUCCACGCCUGCUCUACGAUCAUCACUGGGUGAUCAUAUCCUGCCAAUUGCACGAUCUCCUGAGGAUGCUGCACGGUGAUUGUAUGACUUUGGUAUGGAUUCAUGAUCCCUGAUGAGUCUACAUUUUUCUUUAGUGCAGAAUGAUGUCAAAUGGUAGAAUUGUAGCCCUUAAAUACAUUGUAGGGGCAUUGUACGAUCAGUGAAGUUGCAUCAUAUGAUCAGUGCAAGGGCUUGGUUUACCGUUUAGCCACCCUACAGACAGUAUAGGGAUAUUAUAUGAAUCCGUGUGGGCCUCUGUGUGGCAUUGUCUUUGGCCCUGUAAGAUACCCAACAUAAGAUAUCCUCCAUUGGCUAAAAUAAUGUAAACACAGAAAUCAUAGCUUGAAGCCACCUGCGAUGCCUCAAAAAGUCAUACAAUGAUCGCAGCAAAUGUGAAUGUAACUGAAUAGGUUACUAUGAUGGAACAAAGAGUUCCAAAGUGAUAAUACAUGUUACUCUUUCUCCUUGAAGCAUGAUGAACAACUUCCACAACCUACAUUGGUGGGUAUCGAUCUAUGUUGGGUCCAAGAUGCAGCCGUAUGAAUACGGUAAGUAUCGAACUAUAAACUGCACCUUUUCCUCGGUGGGCAAAAGCCAGAAGCCUGGAUGCGGUUAAUCCACAGAGCUACAUGUAGGUCUGAGCCUAGCCAAACUCAGCCUGAAAAUAAACCAAGACCAAUAAACCAGUUUACAACUCAUUGGGUGGCCAAGCGUAACCGCUUGGGGCAAUGUCGUUCAGAGGGUGCUAGCCGUGUGUAAAAAUGGGAAGGGACUAUGACUACUGGUAUCUUAAUCAAUAAAUGCCCAUCAAAGUUUGAUUACAGUAACAAACACACCUUCCUUCAUGAAACUGAAAUCGACUUUAUGAAAAGUUUGACUUUAUAAAAAGUUCAGACAGAUGCCAACCGACAGCACAGCACAGCCGAUUAAGACCUGCAUGGUAUUGCAAGAUUUGCAACAUCAAUGUAAGCUGGUGCUAUUCACCUUACUGUGGCAGUUAAAAGGGAUAAAAAUUCAGUUUGAUAUUUUUUUGUUUUUGUGUGAUUCAUCCAAAAAUGGUGGUGCGGUUUAUUCACGAGUGCAGUUUAUAGUCCGAUACAGUACCUAUUUAGCCCCAUUGAAAUCGGUGUAAAUUGGUCUUGUUCAAACAUUGUUGAACCAGCCAAUAUACACUAAUGUUAAUCGUGCCUAGCAGGUUUUCAUUUAUUCAUUUCAUGGGCCACCAUGAACCAAUAUAUAUGAAAUUUGUUGCAUGGAAGAU